AUGGCCAAGAAUAAUAGCAGGAAGACCACUUUUAAUGCAAAGUUAGAAUUUUUGUAUAUUAAAUACACAAUUACUGCAUUAGUUAAUGCUGAGGGGUCAACCAAGUUUCAACCUUUGCCAAUAGCUCGGAGUACUUUGCCUUCAGAAAAUCAA